UUUUUUCUUUUACAACUUAACACGAUUGUCUAACUGAUCAUGCCUGAACAAGCCCCUACUACCAAAAAGGCUCCAAACACCUUCUUGCAAACCUAUUUGAUUGUUUACAAUAUUGUCUCAUGGGGAGGUUGGUUCCAUAUUCUUCAAGUGGCCUUGAUUCAACUUGGUCUAUCCAAAGGAGAUUGGCACCAUGUAUUUGAUGCUACAUGGCCUGUACUUCAAGUCGUUCAAACCGCUGCAUUGUUUGAGGUCUUUCAUAGUUUGGUAGGUUGGGUACGUGCUCCUUUUAUGACGACAUUGAUGCAAGUGUUAUCUCGACUUUUACUAGUAUGGGGUGUCAAUGCAUUGUUCCCUGAAAUUCAUACCCAUUGGUCUUAUACAACCAUGAUCAUUGCUUGGUGUAUUGCUGAAUUGGUGCGUUACAGUUUCUAUGCCUUCAAUUUGAAACGUGGCUCUGUGCCUGCUGUUCUUUCUUGGGCUCGUUAUAACUUCUUUUUGGUCCUGUAUCCUCUUGGUGUAUCUUCUGAAUUGAUGAUGAUUUAUCAAGCCUUACCUUAUGCUGCCCGUGUCCAUCCUGCUUAUUAUUAUAUCUUGAUCGCUUGUGCUUUGACUUAUAUCCCAGGAUUCCCUGUGUUAUUCUCUCAUAUGUUGGUGCAACGCAAAAAGUAUUUCAAGGGUACUGUCAAGAAAUCAGAUUAGUUUUAGUUAUAGUGUAUUAUUUUGAAACAAUAAAAAUAUUGGGAAAUAUGAUUCUUUGAUAGAUGGUUUA